AUGGGUAUUGUCAAGAAGACAGAAGAUGCCUUGACUGGUCUCAAGGAAGGCCUGUCCUCCAAUUCAAGCUCAGACCACACUACCAACCAAGGACCGCACCACUCCAACGUGGCCAACAAGGUGGACCCACGAGUGGACAGCACUCCAGGCACCCAAGUCCGCCAUGAGGCUCUUGGUGGCACUUCAGAGCCGUACAACACAAGCGUUGCUCACCCCAACACGGCCGAGCCACGAUUGGGGAAUGAUUUGGACAACCGUCAUUUCCGGGAAGGUCAGACUGGCAACACCCAAUUCACCACCAAUCAGACCCAGACCACGGGACCUCACAACUCCGAGCUAGCCAACAAGCUCGACCCGCGCGUUGGCCAGCCUGGAAAUGCCCGUUUCGGCACUCAAGACCAGCCCCAGAUUCCUCCGCACAAAUCGAACCUUGCCAAUAAACUGGACCCGCGCGUGGACACGAACACCUACAACCGCCCCGCAGAGUCCUACGAUGCUGGCAACUUCCACCAGCAAGCAGCCACCGGGCCCUACAGCACCAAUCCUGCUCAUCGGACCGCCGAACCGCAUUUUGAGUCCGACAUGGUCGACCCACGCGUGAGCUCAGGCGUCCAAAACCGCGGUACGCAACCCGGCCAUGCGACAACCGGAAACCCCCAGCUCACUUCCACGCUGGGCCAUGGUGGCAGUGCCCCUCCCGGCUACGAUGCCCCAGUGACCGGUCACACCCAAGCUCCUAGCUCUACGGAUUACACUAAUCCUACCUCUGGAUCAACUGCGGCGUAUGGCGCCAAUACUGCGCAGGGCUCCUAUCGCGCAACGGGCCCCGAGCUCGGCCAUGGGGGCUACAACGAAGUGCCUGCUGGCAGUAGCUACAAUAACCCCAGAAGCCAGACUACCGCGGGGCCUCAUGACACCAACAUUGGCAACAAGCUCGAUCCCCGGGUGGACUCGGACCGCAGCGCGUCCCAGCGGACUUUUACUUAA